GCACUUAUAGUGAAAAAUUUCAGCAGUCACAGAUAUAUGUGUAUCCGACUGACACGCUUACAAUUUCAAAGAUAUUUGUUCCACACCAAACAAGCACAUUUUUUAAGCCCACCGGUCACAAUCACGAUCCAUUGAGUAACCUUCACCAAAAUGGGUACAUUGGGCAAUCAAUUUAUCCUGUCGCGGGAGCGGCGUCGCUUUGGACGCCAGUGCCUCUUCACCGACCGCAACGAGAUGAUCCUCAGUGUCCAGCCGAGCGGACGGCUGCGCCUCAAGUACAUUCUCCGGAAUCCAAUUGACGAGCGGACUCAGCUCUCUCCACAGUAUGCACUGUCCACAGCAAUCACCCAGAACGUAACCUUGGACAACCACGGAUUAAACCACUAUGAAGGUGGCUGGAACGUCAAGGAGGUGAACGUUAUGGACGAGGAGGCCACGCUGCGCUACCGCAAGAAAGUCGAGCGCGACGACACCUGGGGCAUAGAGGUUAACCAGCUACUUCGCGACGUGAUGACCAUUAGUUCGCAGAACAACUCAAUCAACAUUUAUCAAGAGUUUUUUAUUGAUUUGCCGGAGGAUUUGGGUCGUGGCAUAAAAAUUAAAAUUUCUGCCAAGAUCAUCAGUGUCUUUCACGAUUUGUGGUUUCCGGCCCGGAAACUAAUUGCCUGCGAAUGGAGCACCACAGAACCUUGGUCGUUCAAUCUUACCUUCUGCGAGCCGCGCAGCAUGAAACUCGACUACGUGCCGCCCGAGAACCAGAUGCCUGACUUUGGCAACGACAAUCCCAAUGAGUUCUUCAAAUGGGACUUGGACGAUCCCAUCCGGCCGAUAGCCCACUACCGCUCUUCGCCCACAUAUGGCAUGUUGAAUACGAUGGUGCUUAUAGUCAAGGUCUGCAUGAGGGAGGAAAACUACAUGGUCGGCGGCUUCAAUAGCGGCCAGGUGUGUUACUGGAACUCCGACGAGAAUGGUCCGCCAAAAAAAAUAUGUCCCCUCGAGGCCUCACACCGCGAGGCAACCACCGCCGUCUGCUGGGUUCACUCCAAGUUAAACACCGAGUUCUAUUCGGGUUCGCUCGAUGGUUCUGUAAAGUACUGGGACACUCGGGAUCUAAAGAUGCCUGUUCAUGAGCUUCUUUGCGAGCCAUAUCCUGAAGAUGUGCAAAUCCGAAAGAAUUCACACGGCGUCACCGUGCUGGAGUUUGAGUACACUAUCCCCAUUCGAUACAUCAUUGGCAGCGACAUGGGAUGGGUGUUUGCCUGCAACCGCAAAGGCACCACCGCCUCGGAAACAAUCGCUGCAUGUUACCCGAUGUUCUGUGGUCCUAUUCGCACCAUUAUGCGGAAUCCGUUCUUCGUGAAAAACUUUAUGCUCAUCGGCGACUGGCGGAUGCGUGUCUGGUCGGAGGAAGUAAAGAACGCACCAAGCACUUUCUAUUUCCGGCGGCGCCACCAAAUCAUAAGCGGUGCCUGGAGCACUGGCCGCUGCUCUCUUUUCGUCCUCGGCGAUAUUUGUGGAAACCUCGAGUUCUGGGACCUAAUCAUGUUGCAUAGCAGACCCAUAUUCGCCAUGAAGUUUAAGUAUCCGGUGGUCCAUCUAAUUUUUCGUCCAGAUGGCCACGUCCUCUCCGUGGGCCUUGGCAAUGGGGAUUGUAUAAUGUUGCGGAUGGAGGAGGGCAUGCGCUCAGCCACCGUCAAGGAAAAAUCUCUCAUGAUGGCGAUGUUUGAACGGGAAAUUACACGAUGCAAGCUCUUGGAGGCCCGAGAGGAGGAGAUGAAGUUGAAGAAGCGUCUAACCAUUCUUCAAGAGGAAGAGACCCGCAAAACCCUGGCCAAACUGGAAGCCAAGAAGAAGAAGAUGCAGGCCAAGAAAGAGGCUGCUCCUCAAGUCGAAGACGAAGCCACAUUACUCCUGCGACUCAUUGAGGGCGACGAGGAGUUCAGCAAGGCCAUGAUGGACUUUAACGAGAUUGUGGACAUCGUUACGGCCAAACGGUCCAAGAGGAUCAAUUCAAUGGAACGUACCUUAUUUGAGAGAGAUAUUUAUUAUUAAUAAUAGACUAUAGUUUACAUUUUUGGCAAGCAUUUUCGCACGGAUAUGUCUACAUUGUAUCUUGAAUAUGCAUUUAAAUAUA